GAACCGCUUUCGGGAGAGAAAGGCGAGUCCAGAAAGUGAGUACGCGCAAGUGCGCGCGCGCCCGCGUACGGGGGCGUGGCAGUAAACAGCAACAACCCACACUCCAGCUUGGCCAGAAACUCGGAUCUCUCUUCCCAGCUGGAAAGUGCUCAGCGGCCGAGCCUGGAGGGACCCAGCUGAAGCCUGGCCUGGGAGCCAGGAUGGCCAUCCACAACACCUUGCUGAUGUGUCUAGGACUGCCUCUGUUCUUUCCCGGGGCCUGGGCCCAGAACCAUGUCCCACCUGGCUGCAGCCCAGACCUGGAUCCGAUCUACUACAACCUUUGUGACCGCUCUGGGGCUUGGGGUAUCGUCUUGGAGGCAGUGGCUGGGGCAGGCAUCAUCACAACAUUUGUGCUCACCAUCAUCCUUGUGGCCAGCCUUCCAUUUGUGCAGGACACUAAGAAGCGGAGCCUCCUGGGGACCCAGGUGUUCUUCCUGCUGGGCACCCUGGGCCUCUUCUGCCUCGUGUUUGCCUGCGUGGUAAAGCCUGAUUUCUCCACCUGCGCCUCUCGACGUUUCCUCUUUGGGGUCCUGUUUGCCAUCUGCUUCUCCUGCCUGAUAGCCCAUGUCUUUGCCCUUAACUUCCUAGCCCGGAAGAACCAAGGGCCCCGGGGCUGGGUGAUCUUCACUGUGGCCCUGCUUCUCACCCUGGUGGAGGUCAUCAUCAACACUGAGUGGCUGAUCAUCACCCUGGUACGGGGAGGUGGCCAGGCUGGCCCUCUGGGCAAUGGCAGUGGCAGUGCCGACUGGACCAUGACCUCCCCCUGUGCCAUCGCCAACAUGGACUUUGUCAUGGCACUCAUCUACGUAAUGCUGCUACUGCUAGGAGCCUUCCUAGGAGCCUGGCCCACCUUGUGUGGCCGCUUUAAGCGCUGGCGGAAGCACGGGGUCUUUGUGCUGCUCACCACGUCCCUCUCCAUUGCCAUCUGGGUGGUAUGGAUUGUCAUGUACACCUAUGGCAAUAAGCAGCAACGUAGCCCCACCUGGGAUGACCCCACCCUGGCCAUUGCCCUCGCUGCCAAUGCCUGGACUUUUGUCCUCUUCUAUGUCAUCCCCGAGGUCUCCCAAGUGACCAAACCCAGCCCAGAACAGAGCUACCAGGGGGACAUGUACCCUACCCGCGGCGUGGGCUACGAGACCAUCCUGAAAGAGCAGACGGGCCAGAGCAUGUUCGUGGAGAACAAGGCAUUUUCCAUGGAUGAGCCAGCCUCAGCGAAGAGACCCGUGUCACCUUACAGUGGCUACAAUGGGCAGCUGCUGACCAGUGUGUACCAGCCCACAGAGAUGGCCCUGAUGCACAAAGGCCCGUCCGAAGGCGCUUAUGACGUCAUCCUCCCACGGGCCACCGCCAACAGCCAGGUGAUGGGCAGUGCCAACUCAACCCUGCGAGCUGAAGAUAUGAUCAGUCCCCGAAAAGCAAAACGAGAUGGUAGAUGCCCUAUUCUCUGGACCACACCUCAUCCGGAUACCCUCAUUGCUCUGCAUCCAGCUGAGCAGGGCCCAGCAGUUUACCCACCUUUGUCCUUGGAGCUGGGAGGGACCAGAGGCUACCAGACGGAAGCAUUGGACUGAGUGGGGACCUGGGGACAGACCUGACGCAUGUGACUGGUGCUCAUAGGAUCAUCUGCCCUCUUGCCCAUCCCAGCCUCCCGGUCCCCAUGUGACUGCAGCUACAGGGAGCUAACUGCUGACUCCUAUCUCCUGCCUUCACACAUCCCCCAAGUCACGGAGUCUGUGUCCCCAUGUUGUUCUCCAGGUGGUUGUUGCCCCGCUGUGAACAUCAGGUGUGUGAUGCCACUGUUUUGACACUGGACCUUCUUGGCCGUGUUGGUAAUCCAUCAGUGUGUCUGUCACACAAUGCCCGUCAGAUGCAUCUCUGAGUCUCUAGAGACAAGCCACACAGAAGUCAUCCCUUGCCCUACUCACGGCCUUCUGCCAUCUUCUAGACUGUGGAAGGUCACAAGCGAGGAGCAGAGCCCAGGUUGGGCAGGUUGUUUCUCAUGACCUGAGGGUCCCGGGUCCCGGCACCUUUGUGCCUGGAUUGCGUCUACCCUACCUUCAGUGAGCUGUGUCCCCUCACCAGUGCAAGGCCAUUCCUUUUGCCUGUCCUGCCCUCCCCGCUGCCCAUCAGCACUGGGGAUGGGAAUUACAACACUUGUCCCAACUGGGCAAGCUUUCCCGUUGUCCAGCACUGCCGCACAGAGAGCCCCCCAUAAGAGUCAAAGAGCUGGCGGGCCUCUGUGUUGCUUAGAGCUUUGCAUUAUUUAUGUACCUCGGUUAACCCCCUGGCCGCAUCUCCCCAGUCUGCUUUUGGCUUCUGUGCUGGCUCCCAGGAUGGCUCCUAAGACAGGUGCAGAGGUGGAAUUACCUGGAUCUCGUAGGUUCUGGAGGUACUUGCUGGGACUACUUGGACAUACGUGGUUGGGGUCUGGGAGCACCUUUAGGAGACAGUGGGCGGGAGUCAGGGCUGCAUUCUCAGGGUGACUUGAGCCUUUCCUGUGUCGGGCUGGUGGGAUGUGGGGUCCAGGACUGGAGAUUGCUUCUGGGAAGAUGUCUAAGUUUCUACCUCAGCUUUGGCAGCAGAUGUCCUUGGGACACCUGGACAAGUCCUGCUGCUUUUUAUCACUAGAGGAACCUCUAGUGUCCUUGGCCUUAGGACAUGCACCUGAGGAACCCGAAGGCCACCCAGGUCAGAGAGGGCCAUUUCUGGGCCUGCGAGCUGCUGGCACCUAUUACUGAGAUGAUCAUAGUACCAGACCCUGGGGACAAGAUCUCCACAGCAUCAUCCUUUGUUCUACUCUUGGGUACCAGACAAAGUCUCCUCCAGGCCCUCCCCAAGUGUGCCCUGGAGCCUGGCCUUUAGCACAGCUCUAUGUAGUACUGAGGUAGAGGUUUCCCAGGAAGGUGCCUCACGCUUAGUCCAUGGCUCCCAUGCAGCCCCUAGCAGCCUGUGCCUUUUAUCAUUGGGUCGUAGGUCCCCAUGGAGUGGGACUACACCUACAAAUGUGACUCCUCCUGGUUUGACCUCUCUGUUGAAUGAGGAUGCUCCAUCUACGAGCAAUACACUAUUCAACCCCCCCCCCCCCCACACACACAC